UUACGUGCUUCUCUUCAUCAAAGUUGGAGUUUUGAGUGUAUAAAAAAUGGUAACUUUAACUUUUGCUCCUGUUUUCUCUGCAAACACAAGACUGUCGGUGUUUGAGCACAAUGGAUCCCUUCUCGUUUCCAGAAGAAAAACCAAGAAGAUGAACCAAGCUGUUGUCCCUGUAGCAAGGUUGUUUGGUCCAGCUAUAUUUGAGGCAUCAAAGUUGAAGGUAUUGUUCUUGGGAGUGGAUGAAAAGAAGCACCCAGGGAAGCUACCAAGGGCUUACACCCUUACACAUAGUGAUAUAACCUCUAAACUCACUUUAGCCAUCUCCCAAACCAUAAACAACUCUCAGUUGCAGGGAUGGGCAAACAAAAUAUACAGAGACGAAGUGGUGGCUGAAUGGAAAAAAGUGAAGGGAAAGAUGUCUUUGCACGUCCACUGUCACAUAAGUGGUGGCCAUUUCCUGUUAGACUUGUGUGCUAGACUUCGAUAUUUCAUCUUCUCCAAAGAACUCCCUGUGGUACUGAAGGCGUUUGUCCAUGGAGAUGGGAAUCUGCUGAAAAACUACCCAGAAUUACAGGAGUCAUUGGUUUGGGUUUAUUUUCACUCGAACGUGCCGGAAUUCAACGGGGUCGAGUGCUGGGGUCCGCUGGUGGAAGCUGCAGCACCGUCUAGCAGUGGCGACUACAGUCACAAUCGGAAAAAACAGGAGAUGUUUGGAAGCAACUGGGAAUGGCCUCAACCAUGCCGAGAUGACUGUAAUUGUUGCUUCCCACCAAUGAGCUUGAUCCCAUGGUCACCAAUGCACACCCAUGAAAAUGAACAUGGGACCCCAAAUCCGAAUAUCAUAGAAUGACAUAAUCAAUCAAUG